CAUGUGGUUUGGGGAAGUCGCUUUUGUCGCGUCGGUGAUUCCCGCUGUCUGGUCGUUUUAAGGUGCUGUGUCACACGAGCAGCUCGUAUACGUCUGUGCAAUUCUAAUGCGGCACCCACAAGACAGGAGCAUCGCAUCCGUGGCGACUACUGUAUUUAUUUAACUGCGUGCGCGCACGCGAAAGAGAGCGAUCGACCAUACUCUCGGUCGCCAGUGUAUUUGUCGUUGUCCUUACUCGUGAUGUGAACAAUGAGCAUUUAGGAACUAUUUUGAAAGGAUACCAUAUUUUUGUAGCCUACACAACAGACGAAAUUGACAGACUCGCGUGUUUUCAAAAUGAAUCCUCCGUGCGCAAGAUGUGGGAAAAUUGUCUAUCCGACAGAGAAAGUGAAUUGCCUCGAUAAGAACUGGCAUAAAGGAUGUUUUCACUGUGAGGUCUGCAAAAUGACCCUCAACAUGAAGAACUACAAAGGCUACGACAAAAAGCCGUACUGUAACGCGCAUUACCCGAAGACUUCCUUCACCAUCGUCACGGAUACACCUGAGAACCUGCGCCUGAAACAGCAGAGCGAGCUACAGAGCCAGGUCAAAUACAAGAAGGACUUUGAGGAGAGCAAAGGCAGAGGCUUCAGCAUCGUGUCUGACACUCCUGAGAUGCAGAGACUGAGAAAAACCCAGGACCAGAUCAGUAAUGCCAAGUACCAUGAGGACUUUGAGCGCGCGCGGGGUCGUGGUGGCACCCCUGGGCUGGAGGACCCCACCCCCCCCCACCCCCACCACAACAACCAGGUGAUGAGCGAGGCCGCCUACAAAGGCGUGCACCCACAGGUGGUAGAGAUGGACCGUAGACCGGGCAUCAACGUAGACCUGAAGGUGUGGCGCACUGAUCCUGGGUCCAUCUUUGAUUUUGACCCCGUGGAGGAUAAUAUUCAGUCCAAGAGCCUGCACAGACUGUCCGAGCGGGCCAGCCGGCUGAGCAGGCAGCAGUCGCAGCAGUCACUGCCGUCCCAGGCCCAGUCCGUGUGCAGCUCCAUCGGCUCCGAGCUGUGGGACCGCAGUGUGUCUGUGUGCAGCAGCAGCUCCGCCAUGCAGUCCCAGCCGGACAGAGGUGCGUACCACCAAGGAGGACAGCACCAGGGACACUACAUGCACCAGAGCAGCAUGUCCUCAGUGAGGUCUGUCCAGUCUCCCCCUCACUCCGCCACCAUGAGAGUGUAUCGCGCUCUGUACGACUAUGCCGCCCAGGACCAUGACGAGGUGUCUUUCCGCGACGGCGACGUCAUCAUCAACGCGCAGCCCAUCGACGAGGGCUGGAUGUACGGCACCGUCCAGAGGACCGGCAGGUCCGGCAUGCUGCCCGCCAACUACGUGGAGUGUUGCAAUUAGAGGGGAGGAUCUGGUUGGGUUUUUUUGGGGGGGCAGGGGGAUACGGUAGGAUAAUUCGACAGAACACCUGCCCUCAAACCCCACCCCAGCUCCCGCCCUAGCUGUGGGGGCAAUAGAAGUCCUGGGAGGCUGAGGAGUCGAGUGUGCUGUAGUUCCGAGGCACACUGCAGCCAUAAUGUUAGCUACGCUGUUUAGAUCUCUAUGAGCAUGACCUGGACAGGUAUUCAACUCCUUCUGUGCCACACAUUAAUACACAUCUUGCUUUAUAAAAACUGUGAUUCUAUGCUUAUGGGGAUGUUAAUGUCGUGUUAUUGUUACUGGAUGAAAAUACUGAAACGGAUUAUGGCCCAGUAUGUCUAGUUCUGCUCAGGUAGGAUCGGCAAGCAGGGAGAGAGAGAAUAUGAAUAUAGAACAUAGAAUGGUCAGUAGAAUUGCUCCGCCCUCAGGACUUCUAUUGGAAGGACAGACCUGCCUUGUAUUAUUCCUUUGUGUCUCUAUUUUUGUUAACUUUCACAUUUAGGUGUUAUCACUAAUACAUUUUUUUAUUAUUGUUAUUAUUAUAAUUAUAUGGUUAUUAUAAUUUACAAAAAAGGAAAAACAUUGAGUGACAGACUCUGGGUUCUUCAGUAAGGUGGUCUGCAGCAACACAACCUGUUAUGUUAUUAUUAACACUUUUUUUCUUAUGAGUAUUGUGUUAUUAUUAACUUUUUUUUUUCUUAUGAGUAUUGGGUUAUUAUUAACUUUUUUUUUUCUUAUGAGUAUUGGGUAGUUCAGUGCUGUAGACAUGGUAAACAAUAUCUCCUGUCUCAAUGACCUUGACUGUGUUGUAUGUUUGUAUACAAUAUGCAUGUACAGAAUACUAACUGGGAUCUAUAGUGCGUUUUCUGAGGCGAAGUCCAACUCUAUAGAUGUUGAAGCAAAGUUCCAGCAGGUUGUUUAAGACAUCAUUCUGUGGCUAGUGGCACGAGAACACCAUGAAAAGAUAUGUGUGUAUAUUAGUACUGCGGAAUCACAAGGUUGUUUAGGUGCAGAGAUAAUUGCAGCACUGUCUGUGAUGAGGGCAGUCCAAAAUAUUUCAGUUACAUAAGCAAUAUAUCGUUUUGUCACUUAGAUACACAUAUACAGAACACCCUUAAAAUCCAUGUUUCUGUGACAGAUUCAUGGAUGUUGACUUUUUGUGUCACUCAACUCAACUGAAAGAAUUGACAUUAUCCAGAAUAUUCCACAUUAUUCCAACUCCAUAAAGGAGAUGCAAAUAACCAUAGUGUGUUGCACAUCUAAUGGUUUUAAUCAAGUUUCUGCACAUCCGUCUUGGGUUAAUAUUCUCUUGUACAAAAAGGAAAUAAAAGUGUUUCCCUUUGUUGAUUUGAUUGUGUUAACAAAUUCACUGUACCAGAUAAUAAUUUCUUUUGAUAACCAAUGCACCUGAGUUUUUAUUAAUUGCGGUGGUUCACAUGUGUGACAAAUAAACUGCUUUGUCAACAUUCAA